CUCUCAUGGCCUAUAUCUCACCACCACCUAUAGCUUCCACUUCUCCAACCUCUUCCUCUGACGUUUGCCUUUCCUCUUCCUGCUUUCUCUAACUUUCCUUCUCUCUCUCCUUUUCUGCAAUUCCUUGUUUGCUUUCGGCUUUUGUGAUAGUACCACUCCUUCAGUCUCUUGCUCCCAACCUUUUCAGACCAUUAUUUGAUUACGUCUUCGCCUCUCUCUUUUCCACCCUCCAGUUCAGCUAAUCCUUCUUGGUUUCCCAUUCUCUCUCUCUGCUUGUCCCCUUCGAGGUAUUUAGAAAUGAAGAAGGUUGUGCUCAAGUUAGAUUUGCAUGAUGACAAGGCGAAGCAGAAGGCCCUGAAAACAGUAUCAACACUUUCAGGGAUAGAUGCCAUCUCCAUGGAAAUGAAGGAUAGGACACUAACAGUGAUAGGAACAGUGGAUCCGGUUCAUGUGGUGAGCAAAUUACGCAAAUAUUGGCAGACAGAUAUAGUUUCAGUGGGACCAGUAAAGGAGCCAGAGAAGAAAGAAGAAGCAAAGAAGGAGGAAGGCAAGAAGGAGGAGGAAGCAAAGAAGGAGGAGCCCAAGAAAGAAGAAGGCAAGCCUGAGGAAGAUCAGAAGAAAGAAGAGAAAAAGGAGGAGAAGAAAGAAGAAGAGAAGAAGAAAGAGCCAGUUCCAGUUCCAGACCCUAUUCUAGAGCUGGUCAGGGCUUACAGGGCUUAUAACCCCCAGAUGACAACAUAUUAUUAUGUCCAAAGCAUGGAAGAGAAUCCCAAUGCUUGUGCCAUUUGCUGAUGAUUAUCAAGCUGUCCAAGCAUGAGAGAGAGAUCAACUUUCUCUAUUUGGUAAUGGAUUCAAACCUGUCAAGCCUGUAGGAGGUUACAGCCAAGAACAUAGGUACUCUUCUGUAUAAUAAUAUGGUGAUGCUUCAGCUGAGUUGUUUUGAGACAAUAUUGGUAAUAUGUAGGAGAAAUUGAAUAAGAUUUUUGAUGGGAUUCGUUUUUGAACAUGACUGUAGUUCAUACUCGUCUCCUGCAACGGUUACUUGAGUGCAUCACCUGCUAGUUAGUCCAGUUAUUCAUCUCAUAUCUGUUUGGACAUUCAGAAAAAUACAGGGUAAAAAUGUGAUAACACUCCUUUACUGUCCGGGGGAAUUUUUUCUGAACGCAAUUAUGUUUCAAACUUUUUUCCUGUAAUAAUUACCUGGCUUGAAGGGAUGACCUACUACUGAA